AAUGUCUUGGAAUACAUGCUUUCUAAGAUUUACUUAUUGGGUAUGAAUGGACAGGUGCAACCCUCCAGGGAGAGGUUAGGAGGUUUCACUAACAGUACGAUUGGAUUGUUUUCUGGGAUGAUUGCUACAGAUCGUAUUCCAAAUAUACAAUUAACUAACUCAAACAAUGGACUACCCAUGGAUGAUUCUAAUGCUACAACCGAGGUUGAUAGUAAAGUGAAAACAAAAUUAUUAUCUAUGUGGAAUAAUGUAAAAUAUGGCUGGACUAUUAAGAUGGUGAAACCAAAUUUUUCUAAAGAAUCUCCGGUAUGUUUGCUUGGGAAAAUUUAUCGUAAAAAGCCAGAAGAAUUUCUGGAGAAAGCUUCAGAAGCUGAGAAAACGCUAGAUACAGGAAGCGAGAUAUCCUUAGCAAUGGAUGCUAUUAGUUUCGAAGAUGGUAUCGAGGAAUUCAAAAAGGACUUUACGUCGCGUCUUUGGUUAACAUACAGAAGAGAAUUUCCUAUAUUAAAUGGUUCCACGUAUACCACCGACUGCGGUUGGGGUUGUAUGUUACGUAGCGGCCAAAUGAUGUUGGCACAGGCACUGGUCUGCCAUUUUCUUGGAAGAGAAUGGCGGUGGCAACCGGAUCAACCAAUAAAAACAGAACAACAACAAUUGAAUGAAAGUCAUCACAGAUUAAUUAUACAGUCGUUUGGAGAUUUACCUGAACGUAUAUCUCCAUUUUCUAUACACGCGCUUGUGUCUCUUAGUGCUCUAUGGGGAAAACGCGCAGGAGAUUGGUACGGACCGUCUUCUGUUGCUCAUCUGUUAAGUCAAGCGGUGGAACAUGCAGCUAAAAAUCAUCCAGUAUUUAAUAAUUUAGCGGUUUAUGUUGCUCAAGAUUGCGCAGUUUAUCUGCAAGAUGUAGAAAGUGUGUGUCAAAUGCCUGACGGUAAAUGGAAGUCUCUUAUCCUAUUCGUACCUUUAAGGCUUGGUACCGAUAAAUUAAAUCCCGUUUAUACAUCUUGUUUAACGCAUUUACUUACAUUAGAAACUUGUAUCGGAGUUAUCGGUGGUCGACCUCGGCAUUCUCUUUAUUUCAUUGGUUUCCAGGAAGACAAAUUAAUUAAUCUAGACCCACAUUAUUGUCAAGAAACUGUUGAUGUAUUAAAAGAUAAUUUUCCCUUGACAAGUUUUCAUUGUACUUCACCAAGAAAAAUGUUAAUUUCCAAAAUGGAUCCCAGCUGUUGCGUGGGAUUUUAUUUUCACAGCAGAGUGCAGUUUACUAACUUUAUGGAGAUUUCUCCCUCUUAUUUGGUGCCAGAAGAUGAAAAGGUCGACUAUCCGAUGUUUUUAUUCUGCGAAGGGAGCGGAAAAGAUCUUCAUCGAAACAUUGAAAUUGCUGAAACAAUUCCUUCUGCUACCUCUUUUCCAGGUAAUGAAUCUUACGAUGAUGAUCUUGACGAAUGCGAGGAAUUUGAACUGGUACAGUAAGAUGUUUGUCACAGCAUUAAGGAAUACUGUGUACUUAAAGGCAUUCAUUAAUAAUUCUUUGGAGAAUAAUGAUAAUGGCUGCCAUUAAUCAUAAUUCUCCGUUCAUUCGUCCAUACAUAUGUACAAGUAAGAUAAACCAAUUAAUGACUUCAGCAAGUAGAACUUUGCAUUAAAAUUGGGACAGUUAAAUGUUAUUUUCUUAAAUGAAUUUAUGCCGCAACACGAUCUGUAAGAUCUCAACAUGCUCGUUGAACGACUGACAUGGAUUUAAAAUAUGUCGAAUACUUUUUUCCUCGCGAUAGUACAUCUAUAUUAGACGUGUUAUAUAUCGUCGAUACAUAAUUCUGUGAUCAUAACUUAAUGCGGCUUUUCUAUUUCAAUUACGUUUUUGCACAAUUUUCAUUUACCUUAUUUCUUGAUCUCAGAAAAGAAAUAAUCAUUGCUUUUAAUUAACUAUUUAAGAAAUUAAUUUAGCAUAUAAUUUAGAAAGAUAUUUAUUAUUUUCUCAUUGAUAAUCGUGUCGAGGCUUACGUAGAUCGUAAGUUGACGAUUUUUGCUAUGGAACGUAACUUUUUAUAAAUAUCUCUCAAUUCCUUAACGGAAAUGUUCCUGAUAUAACUAACGCAGCAAUAUUAAAUUUCCUGUCAAGAUUAAACAUGACCGUAUUUCAAUUUGUCCUUGAAUUAAAGAAGCGCGUGUGUGAACAGCAACGCGUAAAACGUAUAUCGAACCAUAUCUACCUGUUAUAAUAUUUAAGCCUGAGUUAAUUUAUAGUUCACGUAAUAAAAGUCUAAGUUAUUUAUUUAUUAUUUAAAAUACUAAUAUUUGCCUUUCGAUGAUCGUUAUUGAACUUAUACUAAGUUCUCGUGCUUGCAUCAUUUAGUUCGACAUAACGUUUUAUGUUAUGGAAAAAGAAACAGGCUAUUAACAAACGUAUAUCAUAUUAAAAUAUUGUUAUUAUUAUAAAAAAAAAAAGAAAAUA